AUGUCUGCGUUUUACAAACAUACACUUUUCCUCUGGAUCGAAGGCUACUUUCCAAAGCGUAUCGCCUAUUACCUUCUCUCCAAGGGCAUCUGCUCUUCUGUGGAACAGCUAUAUGAUGGAAAGACGAACGAGAGCAAUCUGAAAAUCGUGCCCAUUACUUUUACUGGUGAUGGCUUCGUUUCUGAGGAUCCUGAAGAGCCCUUGCCACCUGGCACCAAAGUGCCCGCACUCCGUCUUGAUGAUACUGAGAGCGGUGGGUCAAUCUGGAUCCAAGAGACGUGGAGCAUUAUUAACUACCUCGAAGAAGUAUUCGAUGGUAACAACUACCGUCAAAUGUGGUCUACGAACCCUAUCGACAGAGCCAUCACUCAAGACGUCCUCAGCUACAUCGCCCUCGCCACAGACGCCGGUCGGAUCUGGCUUGUCAAUUGCGCUCCAUACAUGGCUGCUUUUUGGAACAUUCCCGCCUCUGAGCUCAGUCUCCCCGUUGGACGUCGCGCCCGACGUGAAUUCGAAGGGCACUUCAAAACGCUGCAGAAUGUGGCUGCUGGCAAUCUUACCUCAACGGGCUGGCUUACGCCUGCGGCUGACGGAGGUCCAGGCAUGGCUGACGUGAUGCUCGCUGCGACGGUGAGACAUACGGAGUUGAGCUGGCGUGAGUUUAUUUUGGAAGAUGAGGAGCUUGGUAGGUUGAGGAAGUGGUAUGAGAAGUUUAAGACGGUGGAGUUUGGUAUGAGUUGGAGGAGACAGGGCGGUUCCCUGAGAACGCGAAACGUGGUGAGGGCUCUGUCCGGAAGUAGCCGAUCGAAGUAA